GAACUUUGCGGGGGUGGGAGGUUCGGCGCGGGGAUGGGGGCCCUGAGAAAAAGAGGACAAAAAAAUUAAUACAGAGACAAAGACUAUGCGGGGCCGUCGGUGCCUGCUGUGGAUCAGCCGCCUGCCUCCGUGCUGAGUGUCCAUUAUUCCAGAGUGUUCACUAAGGGUUACCUGGGCUGAGGACAUGGAACCGGCCGUCGGGCCUGGGGUUGUUAGGGUGCGGUGUCCACUGCAGCGCUUGGGCGGAACCCCCGCCGGGUCCGGGUCUGCAGGAGCCAAGGAGGGGAUGGCUCUCCCCCACCCCGUCUCAGAUCUCACGUGGGUGGGGGUGCUGAGCGAGUGGGCGGUUAGAAAUGCGGCCGGUCCUGCCGCCCUUUAGAGCCGGCCUAGGAAAGCCUGUCGUGGUCGGCACGAUUGUGGUCUGGAGAAUCCCUUAUAGCCACGGAGGAGUGGGCUUAAAGGCCAAGUCGUGCGUCUGUCAUGUUUGUGGUGUCCACCUCAACAGGCUUCACUCUUGCCUCCACUGUGUCUUCUUUGGCUGUUUCACAAAGAAACAUAUUCACGAACAUGCGAAGUCGAAACGGCACAACCUGGCCAUAGAGCUUAUGUAUGGCGGUAUCUACUGCUUUUUGUGUCAGGACUACAUAUACGACAAAGACAUAGAAAUCAUUGCCAAAGAGGAACAGCGGAAAGCUUGGAAGAUGCAAGGCGUCGGAGAAAAGUUUUCAACUUGGGAACCAACCAAGCGGGAGCUUGAACUGCUGAAACACAACCCAAAAAGGCGCAAGAUCACCUCCAACUGCACCAUAGGUCUGCGGGGGCUGAUCAACCUGGGAAACACCUGCUUCAUGAACUGCAUCGUCCAGGCCCUCACCCACACGCCGCUGCUGCGAGACUUCUUCCUCUCUGACAGGCACAGGUGUGAGAUGCAGAGCCCCAGCUCCUGCCUGGUCUGCGAGAUGUCGUCACUGUUCCAGGAGUUUUACUCUGGGCACCGGUCCCCCCACAUCCCGUACAAGUUGCUGCACCUGGUGUGGACUCACGCCCGGCACCUGGCGGGCUACGAGCAGCAGGAUGCGCAUGAGUUCCUCAUCGCGGCCCUGGACGUGCUGCACCGGCACUGCAAAGGUGACGACAAUGGGAAGAAGGCCAACAACCCCAACCACUGCAGCUGCAUCAUAGACCAGAUCUUCACGGGCGGGCUGCAGUCAGACGUCACCUGCCAGGUCUGCCAUGGAGUCUCCACCACAAUAGAUCCCUUCUGGGACAUCAGCUUAGACCUGCCUGGUUCUUCCACCCCCUUCUGGCCCCUGAGCCCAGGGAGUGAGGGCAGCGUGGUGAACGGGGAAAGCCACAUGUCAGGAACCACGACGCUUACGGACUGCCUGCGAAGAUUCACAAGACCAGAGCACUUAGGAAGCAGUGCCAAGAUCAAGUGUAGUGGUUGCCAUAGCUACCAGGAGUCCACGAAACAGCUCACCAUGAAGAAACUGCCCAUCGUAGCCUGCUUUCAUCUCAAACGAUUCGAGCACUCAGCCAAACUGCGGCGGAAGAUUACCACGUAUGUGUCCUUUCCCCUGGAACUGGACAUGACCCCCUUCAUGGCGUCCAGCAAAGAGAGCAGGAUGAACGGACAGUACCAGCAGCCCAUGGACAGUCUCAAUAACGAUAACAAAUACUCCUUGUUUGCGGUUGUUAACCACCAGGGAACCCUGGAGAGCGGCCACUACACCAGCUUCAUCAGGCAGCACAAGGACCAGUGGUUCAAAUGUGACGACGCCAUCAUCACCAAGGCCAGCAUCGAGGACGUGCUGGACAGCGAAGGGUACCUACUGUUCUACCACAAGCAGUUCCUGGAGUACGAGUAGCCUUAUCCACAGCUGGCCAGAAGAAGUGAAGGCGAUGAAUUGGCAAGCCUCACAGGAUGAUCCCCGACCUCCCCGACAGGACACCGCCACCCACAUGGAAGUGCCCCGGAGCUCAGGGUCCUCUGCGGCCUGGGUCCAGAGGCGGCCCCUGUGGGUGCCCAGGACCGUGGUGUUUGGACAAGCACUGAGGUCGGGCUCCAGGAACUGCAUAACGUGAAGGCUCUGCUCUGCGUGGGCAGGGGCGGGGGAGAUGUGUCACGAGUGUGUCUCCUGUGCUCCUCAAGAAAGUGUGUGGGUGACGGGGGUACCCUCAGCGUGGAGCAGCCUGGCCCCGGUGCUUCAGUUCAGCUGCACGACGGCGCAGAGUUUAAAAAGGCGCCAGCUCGUUUUAGAAUUAUGGGUCCAUUAAAGCAGUAGUGGAGACAAAAGUCCUGUGCAGGGACCGAGGACUUUGCGAGUAUCUUUCUCUUUGUGAGUUUUAGGAUUAGGUAUACGUAGUGUGGAACUUUUAGCCUCCGUUUUAUCAGCAGACAGGAAGAACCGCCCAAGCCUGCGGAACUGAAGACGCUAACUGGGGUUUCCAGCCAUGUCUGUUCUGCAGAGAACUUAGCAUCAGACUGCAUGUGGAGGCACCAGCCCAGGUGUUGUCUCUCGGUUUUCUGAAAAUAGGCAUUUUCUUACCCCCCCUCCUUUCCUCUUUUUCCACAAUGGUGAAUUUCAUAAAUGUAAUGAUAGUAAUGUGAAUGAAUUAUUGAGUUUAUACUGAAA